AUGACAGAGCAUAAGCACAUAACAGAGUUACUACCUAGCGAGGACGGAAAGGCGAGAGGCCCAAGGGGCGGGGGUCCCACUGGCGGGACGGUUUGGGACGGCUGGGCUGUCGAGCAGUGGUCUCCGGUUGCCGGCCACCGGAGUGGAAUCGUCGUCUCUCCGGUUAGCGACAUUUUUGCGGGAUCUGAAGGAGGAUUUCUUAGAAGGGGUCGAAAACAUUUUUGCUUCUUACAGUGUGAUGAGUAUAAGUUGGGCCUGUUCGGAAAUGGGCCAGACGGAAAGUUGGGCCUGUUCAGAAAUGGGCCAGAUUUGAGGAAAAAACUAAAAAACUUGUGGGCAAUUGUUUUGUUAUGUUUGGCCAAUUCACUUGUCAUUUUCAACAAAAUUAUGUAA